CCCCCCCCCCCCCGACCAGUCAGUCGUCCAGCAUCCAAGGGAAGCAUAGCCAGGGAGAAGGAGGAGGGGGAAAGGGGAGCCAGCAAGGACACCGUGGAAUGAUGGUCUGUUGAACUUCCUCAAAGUGAACAGACCAUGGCGCAGGCUGGUGGGCCGCCACAGGCCAGCACCACCCCUGGCCAGCCCUACGUGAACAAGCUGGUUCUGCUUGGAAGCAGUUCUGUGGGCAAGACCAGUCUGGCCCUCCGAUACUUGAAGCAGGACUUCAGCAGCGUCUUGCCGACUGUGGGGUGUGCGUUCUUCACGAAGGUGGUGGACUUUGGCUCCUCGUCCCUGAAGCUUGAGAUCUGGGACACAGCGGGUCAGGAGAAGUACCACAGCGUCUGCCACCUCUACUUCCGGGGUGCCAACGCUGCGCUCCUGGUGUAUGACAUCACUCGGAAGGAUUCCUUUCACAAGGCCCAGCAGUGGCUGGAGGACCUGGAGAAGGAGUUCCACCCGGGAGAGGUGGUGGUGAUGCUGGUCGGCAACAAAACGGACCUCGGCGAGGAGCGGGAAGUGACCUUCCAGGAAGGGAAGGAGUUUGCAGAAAGCAAAAGCCUGCUCUUCAUGGAAACCUCGGCCAAGCUCAACUACCAGGUGUCUGAGGUCUUCAACACUGUUGCCCAGGAGCUACUGCAGAGAGCAGGAGACAAGGGGAGCAGCAGCUCACAGGAAGGUGAGGCCGUGGUUCUGAACCAGGAACCUGCGGUCAGGCAGGGCCAUUGCUGUGCGAGGUAGACGCAGGAGAACGUGUGGAGGACGUCUCAGCCGGUGCCUCGGAGGGUCCUCAGCCUCAGCUGCAUCUUCAGAACAAGGCUGUCGGCUCUUUGUCCAUUUGAAUUCUCUGUUGAAGAAGGAUUAUGCCUGAGCCCUGGAGGCCUCCAGAAGUUGGCCUCCUUCCUGAUAACUGCUUGCCAAAGCUGAUGGGAACCAUCUUGGGGAGCAUCCGGUGUCAGAUGGCUCCCAGAAGACUGUGGUUCCCGACUCACCAGCUACCACCCCAUUCCCGGAUCCCCUGAGGCCUGCCUGCCCCACCUGGGCUGUCCCUUUCACCUCCCUUGCUGCCCUCACAGGAGUGUUAAAGGAAGAAGAGCAGGAAAAAUUCUUUGAUCCUCAAGAUGAGAAGACAGACUCCUCAUAACUGGACUACCCUCAUUCUGGGAGGUGUCAGGGCAGGAGAAGGGGGCUGAUAAAGGCAUCGGUGCAAAUGGAGAAAUGAUCCCAAGGAAAAAAAUGAGCCCAAGGUAGCAGGGCUCAGUGAGGGGACCCUGGGGAGAUUGGAAGGGUGGCUGGGAUGGGAGUGUCCCCCUUCCAGCUGUGGAUGGACGGAGCCAGGCUUCUAUCGAGUGGGGCAAGGGCUCUAAAACCUGGAUGAUGUGUCACCUUGUGUUGGUCUCUCCAAAUAUUAAACACCUUGGCAAUCUGA